CGGUAGAGGAGUGACCGUCACCGUCUGACCGAGCAAGCGAGGAGCGGGGGCAGGGGAGGAGCCAACCAGCCCGGCCGGGCUCCCAUUCUUAAAUGCGGGAGGGAAGUGAGUAGGAGUGGCUUCUCCUGCACCGCAACGGCACAACAAGAACCACCACCACCACCACCAUCACUCCUCCCCCACUCCUCCACUGAGCCACCGCUGCUGCUGCGAGCUCGGCUGCAGCCCCAGGCCUCCAGCCUCCUCCUCUCCUCCUCCUCCCGGCAGCCAGAGCAAUCUCUGUGGACGGUGCAGCGACUCGCGAGCAGUGCCCCGCCCGGACAGAAUGACCAAAGAUGAGGAGUUCAAGCUGGUCAAGAUCCAGAACCAUGUGCUGAGGGUGAACAUACACUGCGACGGGUGCAAGCACAAGGUCAAGAAGCUGCUUCAGAAGAUUGAAGGCGUGUACUCGGUGGCCAUCGAUGUGGACAACCACAAGGUCUUGGUGACGGGGGACGUGGACGCGGAGACCUUGAUCCGGAAGCUCACCAGAGGCGGCAAGCACGCCGAGCUGUGGUCGCAGCAGAAGUGCGGCGGCAACCAGGGCCACAAGGGCAAUAACCAGCAGAAGCAGCAGCAGAACCACCAGCACCAGCAGCAUCAGCAGCAGCAGAAGCAAGGUGCCAAUCUGAGCAAGGAUGGCCACAACAACAAGAACAACAAUGGCGGGCAGAAGGACCAGGGCAAGCAGGGGGGAGGGGUUGGAAGCCUCAUGCAGGGCCUCAAGGCGUUCAAGAGCCAGCACAACAACAAGCACCAGCUCCCUGACCUCAGCUCCGAGGAUGAUGACCUUUAUGAUGAUGAGGAUGACGAGUUCGAUGAUGACUAUGAGGAGGAGCUCCGCUUCCUCGGGGACAAGAUGAGCCAGCUCGGGUUCCACAGCAAUAACCACCACCAGAACCAGAACAAGAACGGCAACAAUGCGGCUGUCAACAAUAACCAUAACAAUGGCAAGAAAGGUAACGGCGCUGGAGGCGGCGGAGCCAAUCACCACCAGAACCAGAAGAAUGCGAAUGUGAUCAACAUGGCAGCGGCAAAUGCCAAGAUGGGUGGUGGCGUCCAGAACCAGAAGAAUGCGAAUGUGAUCAAUAUGGCGGCAGCAGCAAACGCCAAGAUGGCCAAUGGUGCCCAGAGGAACACUGGUGCCAUGUCCGGCAUGCUGGGCCUGAGCCAUGGCCUGGGAGCGGGCAAUGCCGCUCCUGGCUUCCAAGGCUACACAGGCUUCAACCAUCCGUCCUAUGCUGCUGGCGGCUAUGGAGGUCUUCAGCAACAGCACCACCUCCAGCAGCAGCAGAGCAACAACCUCAUGGCGAGCAUGCAGGGGUACCAUCAUCACCCAGCAGCGACGGCGGCGAUGAUGAACAAUUUAAGGGGCCUGAACAGCAAUAUGAUGAUGAUGCAUCAGCCCCAGCAGCAGCCGCAGAUGAUGUACCACUCCUCUCCCCAGAUCAGCCCCUACACUGGCUACUACAACCCUUACAACUACUACUACCAUCCCCAUCCUGGCAGCGCUGGUUACCCGGCCAGCAAUGGGGAUGUGGAGACCAUGUUCAGUGAUGAGAACACCAAGGGAUGUGUUGUCAUGUAGGGAUGUUGCUAGAAUCUAGAGGUUGUUGAUGAAGGAUGGUUAAUGGUGAUGCAGUCCUGCUACCUUUUCUUUUCUUUUCUUUUUUUUCCUUUCAUUAUUUUUCUGCUCUUAUGGUUUCGCCUGUAUCAAGAAUGAAUCAUGGUGUUGACUUAGAUGUGCUGUUGAAAGUAGGGGCAACUUGAGAGGGUGAUCAAACAGUGUAAUGUAAUACCUUUUACUGCCUAGUGCUUUGCCCUGACUGGCUUGCUAUAA